UUGUAGAGGGUAUUUUCUUUCUUCUCAUUGUGCACCUCAAUAAUGCCAGUAAAACUCAGCUCCACUUAUUUUAUACUUCUUUCACAAUAACCCGCCAAAACCUCCGGCUCCUCAGCAACUUUCCGAAACAACUCUUGCAGGAAGUGUUCUACUGAUCCUAGCUAUUUCUGAUCUUAAAUACAAUCUUAAAUAAAAUCGCAUACAGAGGUUUUAGAGUCGAUAAGUUCAGUUCGUCGGUUGCACAGCGUUGGUACAGACGCCUUGGAAUCGGUUUUUGCGGAGAAUUCGAAAAUGGCUGAAGAAUUAAACAAACUAAGAGCAGGAGAAGCCCUCACCAUGGCAACCAAGGAUGCUGCUGGUGGCUCUUCUACGUCUCCUUUGCGGAUGCAAGCUCUGAAAUCUCCAAUCCCUCGUCAGAGCUCACUUCCUGUCAGAGCAAAUUCACCUGCCAGGAUGCAUCAGCUUAUCAAUAGAAAUAUUCUAUCAUUCCCUGGCAAGAUCCCAUCUGGACCACAGAGUUUUUCACAGUCAUUCGGCGGCACAAUGAGAAAGAAAGAUCAGUUUGGUACACCUUCCUAUCCAUCUCCACUAGACAGGAUAAGGACAGGCAAAAGGGAGAGGGCAGCACAGUUUGGUUUGAGUUCAUCAUUCAAUACAUCACUUGACAUAAACCAAACCUUCCCACUUACUGAGCUACCAGCUUCUAAAUCAGAUCUUAUUUCCAAUGAACCUAUUACAGGAUGUACCUUAGAAAAGUUCAAAGGGGACGAACUGAACUCUCUCAGCUUUACUGGGGGACUAUGCAAGGGGUCGUUUGCUCCCACCCCUACCCCACCACCACCACCACUUAACAUGUCCCUUGGUAGGUCUUGGUCAUUUUACAACUUUGUUGGUGGAGCCCAGACAGGCAUGGUCCUCCCUACAACAGUAAGGAAUCCAAACAAGGCAAUGCUGACUAUAGAAGCACGUAGUACCAAGAUUCUAGUUGCAAGUAAGAUGGCUGGAGAACUAUUUGGAUAUGACCCUCAAGAGUUGGUUGGGAAGAAAAUGACUGAUCUUCUCUCGCUUCCUGAUAGAGACAGACCUCAUGCUCUCAUGGAAGAACAUCUAGAAUCUACUGGACAAGUGGUUAUGGUCUCAGGACAUGUGUUUGACAUCAUGGACUCCAAUGGUCUAGUCAUUCCUGUCUCUCUCUGGAUGAAAAAACUAACAGACGAAGAGAAUCCAAAAUGUCUGGUCGUCAUGGAACCAGUUGAAAGGACAUCGGGCAAAAUUGUCUUUGAUGUCACAGUAAGUGAUUUCUAA